AUGAGUUCCGUCAAAAUAGUAGUACUUGGGCCUGCCGCUGUCGGGAAGACUGCUAUAACCAUUCGGUUAGUGAACAGGACUUUCCGGAGUCAAUACGACCCAACAAUAGAAGAUUGUUUUCGUACGACGAGGAGUGUAGAAGGGACAGAAGUGUGUUUAGAAAUUUACAUGACAAUUGGGAAUGGGUUCAUAAUAGUUUACUCAAUAACUAACCACGCAACAUUUUAUGAAUGUGACCAAACUGUUGACCUACUCUUAAAAAUUCGAGGAAAAGACGCUCCUUGGGUAUUAGUAGGUAACAAAGUCGACUUAGAAACGGAGAGACAAGUCACUAAAGAAGAAGCCACUGCUUAUGCUCAGCAAAAGGGGGCUAUAUGCCUCUAUGAAACCUCUGCUAAAAAUAAUAUCAACAUCGAAGAUGCGUUCAUUACAUUAACAAGCAAAUACCUCGCAACACGAAACACUCGUAAGGGAUCCGCCUCAGUUAAGGACAAGAAACAGUGUCUACUCCUGUAA